GUUUGACAAGGUGAAGGUGUUUGUUAACACGAUUAAACUGUGAAUAUACAAUUUAACUAAAUUAGUUGAUGUUUUCUUUUCUAAUCUCAAGAUCAAGAAGGAAAACAAGUUAACCGAUAUUAAAAUCCUGUUGCUGUUCAGCUUUUCUCUUCAUAAGGAUCUGGAUCCAAAAGUUCACUUUACUUGAGAAAACCACUUGUUUCAUAUUCUAUUUGUCUUUUUUUGGUAACUAUUUAAUUCCAUCAUGUUAAUUGUCUGUGAUACAAUUUGCGGGUCAAUUUUCGACUAUCACCAUGGAAUUUGUGUCCACCGAUGUUCAGUUGAAAGAACGUUUGUCAUCAUCACAAUUUCAACCACUUCUAUCAUCACCUUGUUCAUUAAACCAGCACUAAUAAAGAAAUUAUCUCAUCAAUUGUGACUUGAAACCAUCAUCAUCAUCAUCGUCCAUUGUGGUCUAUCAUCACCUUCCUGUUUAAACUGUCUCAACUUUAUCUACUUUCAUUAAGAUGACCAGUACAGUUUAUAAAACUGUAAGCUCACAAAGUUUACCUGCUAUUCCUUGUGAAAUUGAUGGGAAUAUGCUAAUGCGAGAAUCAGAUACCUAUGAAGUUUUAAGGAAAAAGAAACAGGCCUUGGAGGAAAAGUUGAAUUUAAAGUUACAACAAUUGAAAUCAUUGUGUCUUAAAGAAGCCGAUAUAAUUGGUGAGCUUCCUCCUGAGACUCCAUUGGAUCCCAAUGAACCUGUGCCGCAGAUUCGCAAGAGAGUAGGCGCUGAGUUUAUCCUUAAUCAAAAUUUACUCUCCAAGGCCCGAUCCUUUGAGGAAGAAAACUUAGCCAAAUUAGAAUUGGAGAUGGAACUUCAAAGGAAAAUCGUCAAAGCCAAUCUUAAGUUAACCAAUGAAAUCAAUUUGAAGAAAAAUGUUAAAAAGAAAAGACUACAAAGUUAUCAAGAUGCUGUUCUCAGAUUAAAGGAACUAGAGAAAAAGUUACUCGAAAUGAAAAAGAAAUUGGAAGACGGAAAUGAAUAUGAUAACCAGAAAGCUCGUAGUGAGAUCAACUAUUCAAGUUCCCAUUCAAAUACAAUUGAUAUUAGACCGAAAAGUAGUCUUGCCUUAGUCUCUGAUAUUAACCAACUUGAAAAUGAAGAUGAAGAGGGAGAGGGAAACGAAACCACUGAACAAGGUGAAAGUUUCUUAUCGACCUCUGCCCCUUCAUCUCCAGUCAAGUUCCGUGAACCUGAGAGGCACAUCAGACCGAUUUCACCACCGACUACUCAUGUCACAUCCUCAAUACCAAAUAGAUAUGAUAUUCGUCCAUCUUCUGUCCAUUUCCCUUUUGAAAAAGGAAACUGUGAAGUGGACAGUCAUCAACCUGAAAGAUGUAAAACUGCUGAACACUUUUCUCAUGAUUAUGACUCUUGUUCCAUCGGAAGUGCAAGCAGUUGUGAAAGUAGCAUCUUUCGUAUCGCUAAUGACACCAAAAGGAGAAACAUUCUCUCUCUACUUCAAACAAACAAUUCAAACGAAUCUCUGGACACUGUUACAUCUCAUUUGUAUAGUUUACCAAAACGUAACUCAACCGUUGAAUCGAUUGGAUCUACACCAAGGUUAUCCAAUUUCGGCGAAACUAAAUUACACAACAUGCCAACAAAUUCGAAUUCAACUGAUUUCAAUCCAUUGACACGACAUGAUAGUCUUGAGAAUACUAGACGAAAAAGUUAUGUUUCUGCUAUUCAUACACCACAUAUUCCAGGAGGUUUGCAUCAUCAACCACCACAACAUCAUUAUCAUUGCCUAAGCAAUAGUGUUUUAACUGAGGAUUGUGAAGAGUUUGCAAGACCUGAGAUGAUUAGCAAAUGUCAUCGUUCAUCGCAACCAUUAUGUUUACCACCUCCUUCAAUCAACAUGGCCUCGAGGCCAUUACCACCACCUCCGUCUCCAUCCUGUUCAUCAUCUUCAUCACGAGACUCACCAUCAAUAACUAAUCAAGAUAACUGUUCUUACAAUAAUUUAAAAUUAGAUGAAUCUAAAUUGUAUCAAAACAUUUGUGAUUUUGGUAAAGUUGGUUCGAUUUCUGAUGACCAUUUGGAUAUAAGUUCAAAAGCUGUUCGCAGUUCAAUUAUUCGAACUCCGAUUGCAAUCACCAUUUCUACAAGUUCUACCGAUGCUUCUCAAUUAGUCAACCAACGCCAACCCUCAACUCCAGCUCCCAGUCUUCCUCCUCGAACACCGUCUUCCAUACCAAACUCAGCUUCAACCAUUCACAACGAUGAGAAUAUCUUUUUCGCCACUAAAGCAACAACAUUCAAUCCUGAUAAUUUGGAGCCAAGUCAUUCCACUAUGCCGCCUCCUAAAGUUUGGUCUGAAACAGACUUGGACUCACACCCUGGCAAAGUUGAACGAAAACAAGAUCCAAAGCUCGACAGCUCUUACAAUAUUUAUUAUAAUGAUCUUCCUGAGAUUGAUGUGUCCAACAUGGGCUCACAUGACUAUGAAAACAUUGAACCUGCUGAACCAAUGGAUUCGCAUUUGAGAAGCAGUAAAUCUAGUUGUUCCACCAGCAGUUCAAGUAAAGUUUCUCCUCGCCCACCAUCAAUCCCGCUGUCACCAACAAUCCCACCAGCUUCAAAUGGUGUUGAAGUCAAUGUUGUCAGUGUAGGACAUUUCCAACCUUAUUGGGAAGAAACAAAACCCUACGAGUUAUCAGAUUUCUUCAAAUAUAGUGCUAAACACCGGCAAAAAUCCUUAACUGAGUCUGGAAAUAGCCGAGGGUCAGUUAUGAGUAAUGCAAGUUCAACAUCAAGUUUGAUUCCCUCACAAAAUCAACAACAAUCUGCACCAUCUUCAAUUCCCAUUCCAACCAAAUCAACAUCUAAUAAGUUAAUUAAUUCUAAUAAUACAAAAAUGAAAGUAGUUACUAGUGCCAGUCAUUCAUCAUCAUCUAGCCGAGGUCCAAAUCUAAUUAACAGAUCAAAUGGACCAAUGUCGAACCCUAAGUUAGGUAACAAAGAAAGUCUAAUGAAUAAGGACCCAUACAAAGAUGAUGCUAAUUGGUAUGAAAACGAUAUCAUCAAAAACCCGACCAUUGUUUAAUUCCUAUCCCAAAGUCUUAUCAAUUGUGAUCCAAAUUGUGUCUUAUUGGUUAUUGAAUAAUUUUCAGCAAAGGACAUUCUCAUCAUCACAAACACCCACUUCUAAGAUGCUCGCACCCACUCUCUCUCUCUCUCUCCCUCUCACUUUCUGCAUCCUAAACACUAGUUGAAAUGAUAGUUAAGAUUAAUUGAUAUUCGUUAAUGAGAGAGAAAGAGAGGGAGAGAGAAUUGUGUCAAAGAGAAUGUUUUCAAAACCAACAAACUUUCAAACGAAAUCCAGGAAAAUGUCAUUUUGUUUAUAUUAAUCUGUACGACACCUUCUUUUGAUAUUUUGAUUAUUCAAAGACCAUUAAACUAUUUCUUAUAGAGAAA